AUGGAGACUACUAAUGCUAUUCUCCAUGAAUUAGGUGUUGAAUACUUUUCUAUAUUACUUGAUGAAGCUCGUGAUAUAUCAGUUAAGGAACAAAUGGCGCUAGCUCUAAAAUUUUUCGUUUCAAAAGGAUGUGUGGUUGAACGAUUUCUUGGUAUUGUUCAUGUAAAAGACACCAAAGCUUCCUCAUUAAAAGCGGCUAUAGAAGUUUUGUUUUUGAGGCAUAAUUUGAGCUUGUCUAAAGCGCGAGGGUCAUUGGUAAAUUUGUCGAUCGUGUUCACUCCAGUUAUUGAUGUUCUCCAAACCAUUGAUGACGACAAUCUUGGCAGUCACGAAUCAACUAUCUUUGGCAUUGCAAGGAAAGAUCAAGAUAUUGUGAAUGCGAUGACCUUAGUUGAAGAAGCAAAAUAA